AUGACCGAUUGGGUCGAUUUGGGAGUAAGUUCUGUUGGAGGCGCUUUGGUGUCGGAGGGUCUGAAACUUGUGAUCGAAGAAGCGAAGAAGUUCAAAGCUUUCAAACCCUUGUCAAAGGAUCUAGUAUCGACGAUGAUGAAGUUGCUUCCGGUAACUGAAGAGAUCGAUUUGAAGCAAAAGGAGCUUGAUUUUGGUGCUGGGGAACUAAAGGAACUGAACGAUACGAUCGAGAGAGCUCGUGUACUGGUUCAGAAGUUUCCAGGGGUUAGGUUUUAUGAGAAACCUAAAUAUACAAGAAAAAUUGAAGAAAUCAAUAAGGAUUUGCUUAAGUUUUGUCAGAUUGAUUUACAGCUUCUUCAACAUAGGAAUCAAUUGACGUUGUUGGGUUUGGCUGGUGAUCUUGUGAAUAAAGUUGAUGGUUUAAGUAAGAGAAUGGAUGAUUUGAGUGUUCAUGUGCCUGUUUUUAGGGAUCUUUGUUCUGUUCCUAAGCUUGAUAAGGUUCUCGUUGGAUUGGAUUGGCCAUUGAUGGAGUUAAAGAAGAGACUCCUUGCCAAUGAUGUGGUUAAUCUUGUUGUGUCUGCUCCUCCCGGGUGCGGUAAGACCACGCUUGUUACUCAACUUUGCCACGAUCCAAAAAUCAAAGGAAAAUUCGAGCAUAUAUUCUUUUAUGUUGUUUCAAGUACUCCUAACUUUAGGGUUAUAGUACAAAAUUUACUCCAACACAACGGUUACCAAGAACUUACAUUUGAGAACGAUUCUCAAGCGGUUGUUGGCUUGAGAAAACUGUUGGAGGAACUUAAGGGUCCUAUAUUGUUGGUGUUGGAUGAUGUGUGGCGGGGAUCAGAGCCCUUUCUUGAGAAAUUCCGAAUUAACUUACCAGGUUAUAAGAUUUUGGUGACUUCUCGGUUCGACUUUCCGAGCUUUGGUUCCAAUUAUCAGUUGAAACCUUUGGAAGAUGAAGAUGCCAGAGCCCUUCUCAUUCAGUGGGCAUCGAGGCCUUAUAAUGUGUCUGAAACUGAAUAUGAAGAUCUUCUCCAAAAGAUAUUGAAACGAUGCAAUGGAUUCCCAAUCGUAAUUGAAGUAGUAGGCGGUUCACUUAAAGGACGAUCUCUAAAUACAUGGAAAGGCCAAGUGGAAAGCUGGUCCGAAGGGGAGAAAAUUCUUGAUAAUCAUCAUCCUACUGUGCUAGAAUGUCUGCAACCUAGCUUCAAUGCCCUAGAAUCCAAUCUCAAAGAGUGUUUCUUGGACAUGGGCUCGUUUCUUGAGGACCAAAAGAUACGUGCUUCAGUAAUAAUUGACAUAUGGGUGGAAUUAUAUGGUAAAGGUAGUAGUACCAUGUGCAUGAAGUACCUUGAAGACCUUGCCUCUCAGAAUCUGCUUAAACUUGUUCGUCUCAGCAGAAAUGAGCAAGAAGACGGUUUCUACAAUGAGUUCUUAGUCACUCAACAUGAUAUCCUUAGGGAGUUGGCUAUCCAUCAAAGCGAAUUAAAGGAAAACUUGGAAAGAAAAAGACUAAAUUUGGAGGUAAGAGAGGGUAAAUUUCCAGAUUGGUGUAUGGAUCUAAAGGAGCCUAUUAAUGCUCGUCUAUUGUCUAUCUCCACGGAUGAUUUGUUCUCGUCGAAUUGGGAUGAAAUGAAGUUCCCUAAUGUUGAGGCUUUAGUUCUUAAUAUCUCUUCAUUAAACUAUGCAUUACCAAGCUUCAUUUCUACAAUGACGAAGCUAAAGGUUGUGAUCAUCAUAAAUCACGGUUUUUAUCCAGCAAGAUUGAGCGAUUUCUCGUGUCUCAGCUCAUUACCAAACCUGAAACGGAUCAGACUGGAGAAAGUUUCGGUCACUUUUCUGGACAUUAUCCCGUUGCGAUGCAGUAGUCUUAAAAAGCUAUCCUUGGUGAUGUGUAGUUUCGGUGAGGCUUUCUACGACGCAGAAGAAAUAAAUGUCUCGAAAUCUCUACCGAGUUUACAAGAGAUUGACAUAGACUAUUGCUAUGAUCUUGUUGAGUUACCGUUUUGGGUCUCUGAAGUUGUUUCAUUGAAGAUACUCAGCAUCACAAAUUGUAACAAGUUGUCUACACUUCCAGAAGCUACAGGCAACUUGAGUAAACUGGAAGUGUUAAGGCUGCGUUCUUGUAUUAAUCUCUCUGAGCUGCCUGAAACGACUUCGGAACUCAACAAUCUGCAGUUUCUGGAUAUUUCUGAUUGCCAAGGAUUGAAGAAGUUACCCCUAGAGAUUGGGAAGCUGGAGAAACUAAAGAAGAUCUCGAUGAGGAAGUGCUCGAGAUGCGAACUGCCGGACUCAGUGAGGAACUUAGAGAAUCUGGAGGUGACAUGCGAUGAAGAAACUAGAACGAUCUUGUGGGAAAGGUUGAAGCCAAAAAUGAGAAAUUUGAGUGUUUACGAGGAGGAAACAGAGUAUAACUUAAACUGGCUUCAUAUGUUUUAA